AUGACAAGAGAUGUAAAUCUUGUCUGUGGUUGGAUCAAAACACCGAUACCCAUGAAGAGAGGAGCUAUACUCAAGAAAGACACAAGGGGUGGAGCGAAAAUCCAUCUUAUGACUUAUGUUGGUUAUAAGGCCGAAGAUGCGGAAAGCAUUGACACCCGAAAAUCUUUAAAAAAAGAAAAAUCAGAGGGUCGUGAAAAGAUGGACUCAAAGGAUGAGGGUUACUUCCAGAAAAGAGAUAGACAAGCAGGAAAAAAAAACGCAAGGCAGCAGCAAAUAGCUGUUGGGAUCGAUGGAGCCAGCAGCGCCGCCGUGGGUGGCUGCAGAUGGCAGUGGUUGCGGCGGCGGCCGGCAGAGGUCAUUGGUGGCCGGGAUGAUCAGAAACGACCGCAUAACUCUCCAAUUUCAGUUUUGAAACCAAAUUGUGAAGCCACAUAUACUUGUUUGGGGGUUGGAAAUGUUAGUGUCCUUUGCUCUGAGCAAGAGCGACUUGCUCUCCUCAAGUUCAAACAGAGUGUUGAAGAUCCUUUUGGAAUGUUGUCAUCAUGGGUUGGAAAUGAGUGUUGCAUGUGGGAAGGAAUCCAGUGUGAUGGUGUCACUGGAAAUGUUCAACGCCUUCAUCUCAAAGGAGAUGACUACUGCCUCUUAGUCGGUAAUAAGGUGAGUUCUUCUUUGGCAGAGUUGAGGCAUCUCAAAUACCUCGACUUGAGUCAGAAUUAUUUUCAAGGAAGUCGGAUCCCUGAGUUUAUUGGAUCCUUGAAACACCUGAGUUACCUGAAUCUCUCUGAUGCUGGUUUUGAAGGUAUCAUUCCUCCUCAAAUUGGAAAUCUUUCUAAUUUAAAGGUUCUUGAUCUCAGUUCAAACCAUUAUAAGCUCAAGGCAGAUGAUAUGGCAUGGGCUUUUGGCCUUUCGUCACUCGAGCUUCUCAACUUGAGUUAUGUGGAUCUUAGUGGAGCACAAAACUCGGACAUGAUGCUUCACAUGAUUCCCUCCUUAAAAGAGUUAAGUUUGUCACGUUGUAGACUUUCCAAUGUUAAUCUUGGUCCUUUUCUUAAUUCCAGUAGAAUACUUCCUAAUAUAAAGCACCUCGAUCUUGGCUACAAUUCUUUCAAAGGUCCACUCCCUGGCCUUCUUCAAAACAUGACAUUUCUAGAAUUCCUGGAUCUUUCAUGGUUUGAUCUUAGUUUGGGAUCAAACUUUGCAAAAUUGCUAAGCAUGAUCCCUUCUUUGUCAGAGCUUCAUUUGUCAGGUUGUGGGCUGGAUAAGACGCAUCUAUCUUCUCCACAUCUGAAUUACAGUACACUUUCUAACAUCCAACACCUCGAUCUUAGCGAUAAUCCACUUGGAGGCAUAUUUCCAUCUUUUUUGACAAACAUGAGCUCCCUAGAAGUCCUUGACCUUUCAUAUACCAUGUUGAAUUCAUCUCUUCCUAUUAUGCCUAAACUUCUAGAGCUUCAUCUUUCUGGUAACAAGUUUAAGCAGAUUGAGGAUGUUGGAGUCUGGAGACAGUGCCACCUGAAACAAUUAAGUGUAACAGAUAAGUUGGUAUGGAAAUGA